AUGCACGACGCCGUCUUCAUCCUUUGCCUCCUCGCCGCUGUGGCCUGGGUGACGCACCUCUUCCGCGCACACCGACAGUACGCCGAACUCCGCGCCCGCCACGACAGGGACUUCGUUCUGUCCGCCAUCGACGUCUCGCACAAGCUGUUCGCCAAGGAGCUCGCGCGCAUCCCGGUGGCCGAGCUCCGCAGCUUCAUGGGCGAGGCCCGACACGAGCUCCGAACCAUCCCCGACAUCCGCGCGGCCCUCUACGACACCCGAUCCUACACAGCCAAGAUCCUCGCCCUCCUCACCUCGUCCCGAUCCGAUCUCGGCAAAGUGUUCGAGGCCCUCGCCCUCACCCGCUCCGGCCUUGUGUCCAUGAGCGAGUCGCUGGACUACACCGGCGGCGAGCUCGACACGCUGCAUGGGGUCGUGUACGAUAUGGCAGCCUUUCAACUCAUCUUCAAGGACGAGAUUAAGCACCUCGCCGAAAUCAUCAGGCGCGCGACGGCCACGCCCGUCCCUUCGCGCUCCCCCUCGCCCACCCCCGAAUCCUCCGCCGGUCCGAGCCCCGUGGCCUCGCGCUCCUCCAGCCCGGUCCCGAUGCGCGCCACCUCGCCGGUUCCCGUCCCCUCCUCGGACCACCUGCCGCCGCGCCCGGCUAGUGCGGCUGCGCAGGACAGGCCUCGGCAGAUUUGCAGGGCCUACCAGAGGGGAACCUGCCGCCGCCCCGACGACCAGUGCCGUCACCUGCACAUCUGCGCGGAGCCCGGCUGUGGCGGCCGCCACCCGGCGUCGGCUUGCCCGGGUCUUUCCUAA